AUGGACAGUGAAGAAGUUUACUGUCAAGCCUUUGCCGAUGAUGUCGUCCUGGUGUUCUCUGGACAAAAAUUCCCCAAAAUUGAAGAAAAAGCUAAUAGAACACUCGCCCUUGUGCAUGAUUGGGGUGUGCGUAACAAACUUGGUUUUGCUGCACACAAAACCAAUGCAAUAAUAAUUACCAGAAAACUUAAAUACGACACACCUCAACUCCACAUGGGAGGAACAAACAUAAAAAUUGUAGACGAAAUUAAAUUAUUAGGCCUUAUAAUAGACAAAAAAUUAACCUUCCAUAGUCAUGUUGUACAUAUAUGUCGAAAGGUUACAAAUAUAUAUAAACAUUUAGUAAAGACAGCAAAAAUUUCUUGGGGAUUGAGUUCGGAGAUCAUCAGGACGAUAUAUGUUUCAGUCGUCGAGCCGAUCGUGCUCUAUGCAGCCAGUGUCUGGGCAAGUGCAUCACAAAAAAUAUCUAUACAAAAACAUCUUAACACCCUGCAGAGGGGCUUCGCACAAAAAAUUUGCAAAGCUUACAGAACCGUAUCGCUGAAUUCGGCACUCAUAUUAACGGGACUGUUACCUCUGGAUAUCCGCUUGCGGGAAGCUGCAAGGCUGUAUGAAGCAAAGCGCGGGAAACCGCAGGAGGAUAUCCUGGGGGACAGAAAAGUCGAAGUAAAGGAACUCUUUAUUGAAGCCGACCAUCCAGCUAAAGAAGAAGAAAUAACUUUUAGCACAAUAGAAGCAGCAGAAAUUUUGACCAAAAUUAAUGAAAUUCGAAACAACCGGGGCGAUGUAAAACUGUAUUGGAUUAAGGCACAUUGUGGCAUCUUGGGAAAUGAAAGAGCAGAUGAAUUGGCUAAGUUAGCAGCAGAAACGUCCAAACAAGCACCAGUUUAUGAUUGCUUCCCGCUGUCCUACGCAAAGCGCCAACUCAGGGACAACACUAUAAAUACAUGGCAAGAACGAUAUACGAAGGCUGAAACAGGAGUUGUUACAAGAAGAUUUUUUCCAGAUGUAACAGAAUCAUAUAAAACAAUUGAAAAAAUUAAUGUUAAUAACUUAAUAUCACAAAUAUUGACAGGUCAUGGAGGCUUUAAAGCCUACCUAUUUAGAUUCAAAUUGGCGGAAAGCCCCUACUGCAGUUGUGAUAACCAAACUUCACAAACAAUCGAACAUAUUCUUAUAGACUGUCCUAAAUUUCAAUUAGCAAGACUGGAAUGUGAACUGCGUAUGGGCUUUGUGCUACAAGAAGAAACUCUAAACAGAGCUAUUAACAACAAUGACAGCCGAACUCACUUUUUUAAAUUCGCAAUAAGUAGUGUAGAAAAAAUUGUUAAAGAAAAUAAGACAUAA